GGAGGAGGGUGAGAAAGAAAGAGGGAUCGAGGGAGGGAGAAAGCAAGGCUGCGUUUGAGGCAAUGUAAUUGACAAGGCUCGCAGUGGUGAAAUAAACACGCUUCAGACCAGGCUCAGCUUCUAUUGCACAAUUCUGACUCCUCCGAGGCAUCGCCCGCAGCGCGCGCACAGACCUGAUUUCAAUUACCCUCAUCCGAUUAAUCAAUCCAUGUGAAAUUAUGUCCCGAUCGGCGCUGAUCCAGCCGGCAAGAUGAUGAUUUUAUCAAGGAGAGGCUCAGAUCGUGUGCCCGACUCGGUGGUCCUGGUGAUCUUGCUGGUCGCCGCUUCUAUCGGUGCCGUUUUCGCCAAGGAUACAGCCUUUGUGGAAGUGGUGCUGUUCGAGUCCAGUCCCAAUGGAGAUUAUACUACUUACACGACUGGUUUGCAAGGACGGUUUUCUAAAGCUGGAGCCACUAUCAGUGCGGAGGGGGAGAUCGUUCAAAUGCAUCCUUUGGGACUAUGCAAUAAUAAUGAUGAGGAGGACCUGUAUGAGUAUGGCUGGGUCGGAGUGGUGAAGCUGGAGCAACCAGAGUUGGACCCCAGUUGUCUUACAGUCUUGGGAAAGGCCAAGAGAGCGGUACAGCGGGGGGCCACAGCCGUCAUCUUUGAUGUUUCUGAGAAUCCAGAUGCCAUCGAUCAGCUCAACCAGGUCGCUGAAGACCCUCUGAAGCGGCCGGUGGUCUACGUGAAGGGCAACGAUGCCGUCAAACUGAUGAACAUCGUCAACAAGCAGAAAGUGGCCCGCGCUCGGAUACAACACAGACCACCGAGGCAGCCCACAGAAUAUUUUGACAUGGGCAUCUUCCUGGCUUUCUUUGUGGUUGUUUCCCUUGUUUGCCUCAUCCUGCUCAUCAAGAUCAAACUCAAGCAAAGGAGAAGUCAGAGCUCGAUGAACAGAAUGGCCAUCCAGGCACUGGAAAAAAUGGAGACCAGAAAGUUCAAGGCUAAAGGGAAAAGCCAGCGCGAGAGCAGCUGUGGAGCCUCGGAUUCGCUGAGCAGCAGCUCCACCUCUGACUGCGCCAUUUGUCUGGAGAAGUACAUGGACGGGGAGGAGCUGCGGGUGAUCCCCUGCGCUCACAGAUUUCAUAAGAAGUGUGUCGAUCCCUGGCUCCUCCAACAUCACACCUGUCCUCACUGUAGACACAACAUCAUCGAGCAAAAGAAGGGAAACCCAGGACCAGCAUGCAUGGACCCUGGUAAUGCAGUCCACAGCAGACAGCGGGUGGUGCUCCCUGUCCAUUAUCCUGGCAGGGUGCACCGUGCCGGCCAGGUGACGGCCUACCCGACCAGAACCAGCAUGGACCCCCAUGGCAACCCCAUCACCGUGCUUACUGUGGACCAGCAUCCAGAUCCUCAAGGUCUGUACCCACCCCAGUCGACAUCAGCUUUUCUCCGGACCUACCACCCCACCCUCCAUCUGGAACAUUCGCUCAACCCCCACCACUGCGGAUUAGAGCACCGUGCACCCCCUGCCUACCCCACACAGACACAUCAUGCUGCUUUCAAACGACCCAAGUUUCAUGGUCGGAACUUCUCCCGGGCAGCCUGUUUUUCCCAGUAUGAGACGAUGUACCAACACUACUAUUUUCAGGGACUGUCUUUCCCUCAACAGCCUGAGGGGGGGCAAGGGCCUGCUGUGGCUGGGCAGCUUGCUGGAGGAGGAGCGCACAAGAGCCACCACAGUAGGGCCUUUCAGCAAGGACUGUUAUACCCCACAGUGGUACACAUGGCACCUGCCUCCUCUUCAAGGAUAGGUGAUAGCGGCAGCACUUCUGGCCUGAGCUGUUAUCACGGCCACCGCUCGGUGUGCAGCGGUUACCUCGCAGACUGUCCUGGUAGUGACAGCAGCAGCAGCAGUUCUGGACAGUGCCACUGUUCCUCUAGCGACUCCAUGUUGGACUGUACUGAGGUCAGCAACCAAGGGGUGUAUGGAAGCUGCUCCACAUUUCGCAGCUCACUGAGCAGUGACUAUGAUCCUUAUGUGUACAGGAGUAAAAGUCCCUGUAGGGGUUCUGCAGGGGAAGCAGGAGCCGCAGCUUGUAAUGCAGUUCCUGCUGAGGACUCGUCCCCUGCGCCCUCGGGACAUGACUGCCUCCAGCUCCCUUCUGGAGCUUCGGGAUAUAACUCGGGGGACCAUCUCUCCAACUGCAGUUUGGAGCCCAACUACAGCAGUCGUUCAUCACUGGAACCCAGGGAGAACAACAACACUAGCACUACCUCAGCCGGGGCUCCAGAGGCCGCCUCAGCCGACAGGGCAAAGGGGGCACAAGAGGAGUCUGGGGAACCUGGGGCUGCUGCCUGCAGCUGCUGUUUUGAGGUUAUUCCUCCCAGUAUGGAGUGCAAAGGACAGGACUUGGACCAAGCUGGGCCUUUAGCCUCAGGACACUGUCACAGGGGGGUAGACUUUCAGAACUCCACCUCCAAGAACUACUUUGUUCCUGAGCACAUGUGUCCUUCCUCUGAGCAGGUGAGCUAUGAAGGGCUGCCUUGCUGCUUUUACAAAGAGAUGAAGGUCCACAGGGCUACAGUGGGGCGUUACACUGAGGACUACGCUGUAAAUGUGCAGUACGCGCACACAGAAUCAGAAGCCUGCUCUGCACAGGGCUGCUGCGAACUCAAUCAGAGAAUACCCAUAAUUCCUGAGGACACGGAUUGUGAAAUAGGCACAGGGCCAGAGACCCAGAGCAGUUUAUUACCUGUCAGCAUCACAGUGGAGACAGAGUUGCGGACCGGAGAGCAACAUGAGCCGAAGGAUAGGUACUUCUCUUCAGGACAGUUUAGAGGUCAGCCAUACUUUCAGGAGGAGGAGACCAGGGCUUUGUUCCACCCUCAGCUCUCUGCAAGCCCUGCUGCACUGGGAAGCAGUACUUCUACAAAUGAGGGUGAUCUGGGCAUAUGAACUCAAGUCCAGUGAGAACAGUCAGAAACAUGUGGUACCGUGUCAGUCAGUCAAUGGUUGAAGCCCUCAGUUGCCUUGUUCUAACCUUGCUCUCUGAGCACUGAAUGUUAUCAUCUUAGAUUGUGUGGAUUUCUACUGAAAUGGCCUCUUAUUUCUAGAUAAGAACAAUGUGUUAUGUUCAUUCCUGUGGCCCCCAAGAGAUAAAAAUGACCUCCAUACAUAUUUAUGGGGUCAAGUAAAACUAGAAUUAGGCUGGUUCUGCAGCCAUCAAAGGUUAGUAAUCUGGGCCAAUUUUUUCAUCAAUCAUCACUUUUUUUUUGAGCAAGCUAUAGGAAUCGAAGAUUUUUCUCGACAAAAGUACACUUGUCUAUUCACACACACCUGUAUGUGCACACACACACACUACCUGCCCUUAAAGCUUCAACCACCAAUAAAAUAGUUUUUAUGGACAAUAGCUAUACCAAAACAGAAAGACAUGAUUGUUUUUUUCUUUUUAAACUUUUAAGAGCAGGGAAAUGGGUCUUUUUUAAGUUUCUGUGACCCAUAUGUUUCUCUAUGGAGAAAAAGCUAUAAAAUACAGAAAAAAUGUACAGAAAUGUGAAUGCAAGGCUGACACUGGUCUCUAAUUGAUUUACAGAAUUUGUUUUACGCAUCACAUUUCUGUCCAUCCUGGCCUGCCUGUAUGCCUGUAUCAUGCUGCUAAGAUGUUAGCAGCAAUAUUGAGUGACACUGCACAACUUUUGGUCAGAAUUCAGACUAAACUGAGUGUUUUAGGCCAUGUUUUCAUUUGGAAGCCCUUAAAAAGUUUUUUUUGCUGUCACACACCCAGUUUCCUCUGUGAGGCGUGCUCUUAUAUCUGUUAAGGUUCUAGCGUGUAACAAAAGGCCAAAGGAGAGUAGCUGGAAAAGACUAAUUUCAUAAGGCUUCCUUAUUGUACUGUGACUUAAAAAAUAUAAUGCAGUUAUACAUACCACAGUGUAUCAGUUCAAAUCAUAAUGUGCUGUGCAUAAUACAUAAUUUGCAAUAUCAACGCUUGUCAUUCAUGCCUUUCUGUUUGUCCUGCAGACUGUUUUUAUACUGUUUCUAUGAAAUGUACGCAUUCUCUACACAGAGGAAAACCUGAAAUAACCCUAUUUAUAAGUUAACCCCAUGCUGUAAUCAAGUCAGAAUCUAAUCUUGCCUUUUGCAUAGAGAUAUGUACCUACUGCAAAUAUAACAUUUUGGGGUACUUGAGUCACUAUUUAAUUUUUUUUUAUUGUUUCUAGCACUUAAGAUUAAAAAAGUACAAAAAUUAAUAUUUUUUCAUUUUUUUAAGAAUAUAAAUAUUUUCUGUCAUUACUAUUACAAAUGUUUAAAAAAAAUUGCUAGAAAUCAAUCUGUGUAUAUUCUGUACCUGUAUAGCAAACAUUUCAUAAAUGGAAAUAUGUUCUCUGAAUAUUUAUUUACUAAUAUAUUUAUCUUUAAGCCAUGUCUUAUGUUCAGAGUGUAUGAACGUUUGAGUUAUUUGGUUGCUUUUUAUUGAGGAAAAAAAAAAUCACUAACAUGAGAUUUUGUAUAUACAUGGUAAUUGCACACAAGACGAUUUAAAUCUUCUCUGACCAAAAAACUGAUUUUAAAACUUUAGUACCAUACAGUUUUGUAAUUAAAUAUGUACAAAGAUCUGUAAGAUAUACAGUUUUAUUCAAGUAAUUCAAUGCGGUGUCCUGUCUUUCAUUAUUGGUGUUUGCUUUCUCUGCACU